GUUUGGAUUCAAGCUUUUCCGAACCGCCGCCGCCGCCGCUAGGUUCGCCGCUAUUCAAUAAUGGUGGAUCCGAUCGUCAUGCGGACAGGACUGAAGUUUACCUUCUAACUUAAUUUUGUCAAAUCACUGCAAUGCUAUCCCAGUACAGCACGUCCGGCUUUUACAAAACCCCAGUGACGAAGGGGAUACUGGGAUCCCUAUUCCUGACGUCAUGCGCACUCCACACCCCGUUUUUGGCUCACUUGAGGCAUUAUGUGCUGUACGACGUUUCGGAUAUCGUGGAGAAACGAGAGUUUUGGAGACUAGUCACGUCGAAGAUAUCUUUCCUGGAUACGAAGGACCUGGUUUGUGGAUCGCUUCUCAUUUACUACUUUAGAAUAUUUGAGCGGCGGUACGGCUCGCAGAAGUUUGCGUCUUUCCUCUUAGCCACAUCUGCAGUGGCUACCCUUCUAGAGCUUUCGUCCAUAUAUGCUCUGAAGCAUUUCGAAGUACCUCUCUCCUUGUUUCCAAGUGGACCGUAUGCACUUGUGUUUGCCUUAUUUGUGAACUACUUCCUGGAUAUUCCCAGAGUAGCCCAGACCUACGUCCUGGGAGUUCCAGUCACAGGAAAGACACUUACUUACCUACUUGGUCUACAGGUGAUAAGCACCUCAAGAGAAACUGCAGUCUGUGGACUAUGUUCUUUGGUGGCGGGAGCCCUGUGUCGCUGGAACGUGCUUUAUGUGGGGGCGCUCGUGAGGGUGCCCGGCUGGAUGGGGCGGCUGUGCUCGGCCACCCUGGGGCGCCUGCUGCGGUCGGGGCCGCCCCACGAAGGCCCCGUGCCCAUGGGGGCCACGCUGGACAUCCAGCGGCAGCAGCAGGCCGAGCUGCUCGAGAUGCAGCUGCUCCACCGGAGGGCCGCAGCCAGGUCGGCCUCUCUGCCGCACCGCCGCUCCUCCUCCGCCGGCCUGAGUCGGCAGCAAAUGGCACAGGGUUACUCCGAGAGACUAAUACCCAACCUCGACGACCAGGAUUCCUGGGAUAACAUCCUCAAUUCCGGUGCCUACGACACCCAAGCAAACAUUCUUACUGCUCAAACCGAAGAACAGGUGCAGACGCUUGUGGACAUGGGCUUUGAUAGAGAAAACGUCCUAAGGGCAUUGCGAGAUUCCAAUAAUGAUGUGCACCUGGCAACCACAUUACUCUUGAACGAGAGCUGAAGUACAAAGUAGCACCCAUAGGGACUUUGGUGAAAAGGACACUCACAAAGCACUGUGUGCAAUAAAUGUGAUUUAUGACUA